AUGCGGCUCUUUGCUGCUUUUUGUUUCGUAUUUUUGUUUGGUUCAAGUUUAGCUGGACCUGUGCAAAAUGGAUCACCAUCGAAAAGAGCUUCGGAGCAAUGUCAAGUGUGCGAUUUCUUUGUCCAGAUCUUGCACAAUGGAUGGGGCGACAAAACGCUCGACGAUUGCCUGAUAGAUCUAGUGAUCGCUGUGUGUGAAGCGUUCGACAUCGAAGAUAAUUUCAUCUGCAAUCAUCUGCUCAAAGAUUUUGAGGAUGUGGUGGUGUACGUUCUCAGCGAGAUCCUCGUCGAACCAAAUCAAAUCUGCGGACUUCUUCUUAAGGAUUGUGGUCACUUCAUUGAUCCAUUUGCUGGAAAUUGGUCGGUUCCAUUACCAGGAGUUCAGCCCCCAUAUAAACCACCAGCUGAUAUACCGACUGGAAAACCCGUUCUUAACGUUCUCCACCUCACCGAUGUUCACGUGGAUAUGUACUAUCAAGUGGGAUCCGAAGCGAAAUGUGGAGAACCACUUUGCUGUCGAGGAGAUAACAAUACAAAUGAAAUCACUGCUGGAGCUGGAGCGACGACGCCAAAACCGUUGAACAUGUCGGCCGGCUAUUGGGGAACGAUCGCCGAUUGUGAUAUCCCUUACUGGACAUACACAAAUAUGCUUGAUCACAUCGCUGCUAAUCACAAGAAUAUUGAUUAUGUGCUUGUGACUGGAGAUCUCGAGUCACACGCUGAUUGGGAUUACACAAGAGAAACACAUCAGAGACAGGUGAAAAACAUUUCCGAUUCGAUUCGGGCUCGCUUCCCGAACAUUCCUGUGUACUUCUCGAUUGGAAAUCACGAAGGAGUCCCGAUUGACAACUUUGCUCCCCAUUUCACUCCUAAAAAAUUCCAUAUGGACUGGCUGUACGACACGAUGGCUGACAGUUGGCAAGGAUGGGUGCCAGCGGAUCAAGAUGCAACGAUGAGAUACAUGGGCAGUUAUGUGAUCAAACCGUACCCCGGCCUCCGCAUCAUUUCUCUCAACACUCCACUCGGCGGUGACAACGUCAACUUUUUCCUUUAUGUGAACCAAACGGAUCCGGAUGGAACGAUGACCUGGCUUGUCAAUCAAUUGUAUGCAGCUGAACAGGCCGGAGAUAAGGUUCACAUUACGGCUCACAUUCCUGGAGGUGAUGGAGAGUGCUUGGAGGGAUGGGCGAUCAAUUACUACAAUGCUGUGAAUCGAUUCGCUAACAUCAUCACCGGUCAAUUCUUCGGUCACACACACAGUGAGGAGUUCUAUGUGAUGUUCGCCGAUCCUGAAGAUGCUAAAUCAACACCGACUGGAGUUAUUUACAGUGCUGGAAGUAUCACAACGAUGUCCAGCUUCAACCCAGCCUAUCGAAUCUACAAAUUAGACGGAAACUACAAAGGAUCGACUUUUGGAGUGAUCGACUGGGAAGAGUGGUAUUUCGAUAUUGAGAAAAACACGAAUCCAUCACAAAAGGAUUUCACUUUGCUCUAUUCGAGUGUUCUGCAGGAAUAUGGAUUGAAAAACACAAAUCCAACCGAGUGGGCAAACAUGAUCAACAGAAUGGUCACUGACGAUGCUUUGUUCGCUAAAUAUCUAAAGAACUACUACCGUCGAACAAAUCUUGGACCCUGUACCGGUACCUGCAAGUCAAAACUUUUAUGCAAUGCAAGACGCGCUCAUCACACAGAUAAGCUCUGCAUCGAUCUUGGCGUUCAACCCGAAGUCCGGGCUCCGUUCUACAAGAAACCAGCCUCAAAACAUGUGCCAACACGCGAAGAAAUCGAUAAGAUAUUGCUUAAAAAACGGGCUAAUGAUCAAUGCCAGCGU